AUGAGGGGAGAAGCAAUAGGAGGAUGCGAGGCAAUUCGCUGCGCCCACAAUUCUUUUCGGCCCAAUAUAUCUAUCGAGGGUUUAGAGAAAGAAGAAACCACCAACGAUGCGUUUCAUUUUGUUAGUUAUAUUUCUCACCAGCAGCAUGUAUACGAACUAGACGGACUCAAACAGGCAAGGGGCCCCGUGUGUGUGGGGGAGAUAAAAGGAGAGGAUUGGAAAGAAGUUGUUAGAAAAGAGAUUGCGCGGAGAGUGGAGCAGAUUCAGUCGGCUGGUGAGGAGCUGCGUUUUAAUUUAAUGGCGGUCACCACAAACCCUCUCGAUGAGAUUGAGGAGCAACUGAAACAAUACAGAGAGACAGAGAAUAACGUAACGCAGCAACUGGCGGCGGGGGGAUCCACAGCAGCAGAAGCGCAGCAGCUAGAAGAGACGAGACAAAACGCUCUAUCUAAGAUAGAAAUCCUUGAGGAACAGAAAACCCUAGAAACCGCCAAGAGAGCCGAGUGGCAGCGAGAGAACGCGCGUCGGCGACACGACUUUACCCCGUUUCUUCUGUGUGCUCUCAGAAACCUCGCGAGAAAGGGAGAGCUUGUGAAGGCUAUACAGCAGCAGCAGCAGCAGCAGCAGCAGCAGCAGCAGCAACACCUCUCUGCUGCUGCCAAAGGAGAAUCCUUCUCACCGAGCUGCUGCAGCACAUCCGCACAAACGCCCUCAAGACAGAAGACCUACCAGGCGCAGCAGCAGCAACAGCAGCAGCAGCAGCAGCAGCAGCAGCACCUACAGCGGCAGCAGCAGCAGCAGCAGCAGCACCUGCAGCAGGAACAGCAAACAGAAGACCUACCAGGCGCAGCAGCAGCAACAGCAGCAGCAGCAGCAGCAGCAGCAGCACCUACAGCAGCAGCAGCAGCGCCUGCAGCAGGAACAACAUCACCUGCAGCAACAGUACCAGCAACACCAGCAGCAGCAGGAGCAAUACCACCUACAGCAGCACCUACAGCAGCAGCAGCAGCACCUGCAGCAGCAGCAGCACCUACAGCAGCAGCAGCACCUACAGCAGCAGCAGCAGCAGCAGCAGCAGCAGCAGCAGAUGAAGAUGCGGUAGCAGCAAGCAGCCUGUCUCUGAACUUCUUUGGGGGCGUUCGUCUCCCCGCAGCAGUUAAGGCCCUCGCCCAGCAGCAGCAGCAGCAGCAGCAGCAGCAGCAGCAGCAGGAGCUGAGAGAGAAAGAAGAACAAAGCGAUCCUCACCUGCUGCAGCAACAGCAGCAACAGCAGCAACAGCAGCAGCAGCAGCAGCAGCAAGAUGAACAGGGCCAGCCUCUACAGCAGCACCCGCAGCAGCAGCAGCACCUGCACCAGCAGCAGCAGCAGCAGCAGCAGCAGCAGCACCCGCAGCAGCAGCAGCAGGAGCAGCAGCAGCAGCAGCAGCAGCAGCAGCAGAUAUUAUGUGAAGAGUGUGGAUCAGAUAUAAAUAUAAAGAUACAGCAGGUGGGCCAGGGUGCUUACGGGGAUGUUUGGUUGGGGUGUGAGACAAAGACAGGCAGCUGGGUGGCUCUGAAGAGAAUGAAGCCGCAGCAGCAGCAGCAGCAGCAGCAGCAGCAGCAGCAGCAGCAACAGCAGCAGCAGCAGCAGCAGCAUGUAGAUCCAGAGCAUCAUGUUGCUGCUGCGCAGCAGCAGCUGCUGAUGCGGCAGCUGCAGCAAACAGCAGAAGAUAGAGAUGGAUUCCCUAAAACUGCUAUUAGAGAAAUCUCUCUCCUUCAUCAACUCAAAGGUAUUCUCCUGCUGCUGCUGCUGCUGCUGCUGCUGCUGCUGCUGCUGCUGGUUGUGGUGCUGCUGCUGCUGCUGCUGCUGCUUGUGGUGCUUGUGGUGGUGUGGUAG